AUGUUACGGCCAUCAGUUGAUGCCGAAGACAAACAACUUUACUAUCGAUGCUGUGCUUGUAGUUAUAAACAUUUGGCUGAAAAAGAUGAAUGUUUAGUCCGUUUCAGAGAAGUCAAGCCUCCAUCAAAAAAAGAUCAAAUCCGAUCCAACCUUGACACGUUGUAUUGUAGAUUGUAUGAAGUGUCAAACCAGGGCGGUGGCCGUGGAAGUACACGAAAGGAUUUCAACAAAGAUGAAUUUGAAUGUAAAACGAUUCAACGUCCAUCACGUUUAAUUAAGGCUAUGAUUUCCAAUAAAGAUGUAUUUGAAAGUAUGGAAAAUAUAGAUGAGAAUAUUGACCUUGAGCAGGAAACAGAUCUUGUUUCUCAGAAUCAAGAGGAAAACACCGCGGGUUGGGAUGA